AUGAAAAAUACGUUGAUAAUUAUUUUAUUUUUAUUUUUGGUGAGUUAAAAAUUUUAAAUAUUCAUUCUAAAUAGCCAACUAUUUUUCCAGCAAUUCUUUGGUUUUGCAAAAUCAUUAACUUGGGCUGGAUGGUCACAAUGGAGUCCUUGUUCAAAAACGGUUAGUUUUUGAAAGAGAUAAAAACGAACUAUGAUUUCCAAUUCCCUGGAGAAUUAUUCCAGUUUUUUUUUUUUUGAUUAAUGUGAUCUAUAAUUUAUUUUUGAAAUAUUGCUUUGCACUUUUUUCUCAAAAAAAAACAAAUAAUAAUUGAUUAUUUUUUAGUGUGGUGGUGGAAUAUCUCGACAACUUCGAAGAUGUUUAACAUCAAAAUGUUCGGGAGAAGCUGUUAGAUUUCGAGUUUGUGCACAAAAAGAUUGUGAAACAAAAUCGAGAUUGGCAAGAGAUACAAUUUGUGGAGGAGAAGAGAUUGUAUCAAAACAACAGGUUAGUCUUAUUUUAUUAAUUUGGGAUUUUUCUUUAUAAUGAGGCUUUCAUUCAAUAUUCCGUCUUAUAAGAAUUUUUCGAGAAUAAACAUCAAGUUUCCGUUUUUCUGAGGAAGUUUUACUUCUCGAAUCGCAAAAAAACAGCCUUUAAAAAAAUAUUUUUAAUCGCGUAGUUUCAAUACGGAUUAUCAUUGCUCCUUUUUUGUUUAGAUACUGUACUGUUGAAAUUGUUGUGCAUUAAAUUCAAAACUUGUUUUUUUCAAAUCUGAGCCUUGCAUUUUCCAUAACAUUUUAUGAAAUGAAAGGUUUAAAAUGAUUUUUUUUCAUUCUCAAAAAUAAUGCGAUGAAUCAUUGUAGUGCGAAGUAGUUUGUCGAUCUCGAAAUACUCGAGCAAACUUUUUGUGGCGAGUUGAUGAUGGAACAGCAUGUCAAGCAGCAACAAGUCGAGCUGUUUGUAGUCGAGGAAUUUGCCAAAAUGUUGGAUGUGAUGGAUUGGUUGGUUCAUCAUUUCGAUUUGAUGCUUGUGGUGUUUGUGGUGGAAGAGGGGAUACUUGUGAAAAUGGAAAAUUUAUAUGGAAAGUAUCUGGUAAGUCUUUUAACGGAUUCUCUGUGAAAAAUGUUUAAAAUUUGAAGAUGAAUAUACACCUUGUGCAUCAAAUUGUAAUGAAAUUAUUGAUUGGAAUGGUGCAAAUGGACAGAUUCCUAUAUCAAUUUCACAACCAAUUGUUGUUUGUAUAAAUGCAGCAACACAUCGAGUUGUUCCUGAACGUUUAUGUGCUGAUAAACCAAGACCAAAGACUGAAAUUAGGCCAUGUCCAAUGCUUAUUUGUCCUUCUAGGUAAGAUUGUUUGAAAAUGGAGAAUGAAAAUUGCUUGAAUUCAAUUUCCUUACUAACUUUGAUACAAUUUCAGAUGCCGGUAAGAAUUUUUUGGUGAGAAUUUGUGUGCCCAUUUUUGGGAUGAAAUUAACUUAUUUUUAACACUGUGUGACUUUACUCACUCUCGAAUCAGAGUUGUUUCGGAAAUUCAUGAAAGUUUUAAAACAUAUUCGAUUUUUUUCCGGAACAACUUUGAUUUGCAACACUUUUUGGUUUGCAUGAAAUCAUUUAUCAAUGUGAAACUUCAAGAAAAUAUUUUGCAGAUGGAUGACAGCUGAUUGGACAGAAUGUGUUCCUUUUUGUGGACAAGGAACUCGAAGAAGGGAAGUUUACUGUGUUCAGAAUUCACAAAAUAUAACAGUUCAUGUUCCUGAUUCAUUUUGUGAGAAUUAUACGAGACCGGUUAGUUUUUAUCCAUAUUUUUUAUUUUAUGCAGUAAUUCACGAAAUAAAAAAACGUUUUUUUAUUUCGUGAAUUACUGCAUUAUUUUCGAAAAUCUAUCAAAAUAAUAUCAUGUUUUCCUUGUUUUUCAGUCAUCCGAAGAAAAUUGUAUAUCAACAUCUUGUGGAAAAUGGGAAGCUGGUAAAUGGUCGAGAUGCAGUGCAUCUUGUGGACAAGGAAUUCGUAGAAGACAUAUUGCUUGUAUUGGAGGAACUGAUUGUGAUGAAACUGGAAGACCGAGAAGAGAAACUACUUGUUAUGCUGGAAUUCCGUGUAGUUUUAGUGCGACUAAUAGGUGAGUUGGAUAAGGAGAAAAUACAAUGAGAGUUUUUUUUUGAAAAGGGGUACGGUAGAUAGACGGUGAUAUGCCAAAUUAGAUCAAUUUUCCACAAUCGAAAAAAAGGUGAUUUUUACAAUAAGUUUAUCAGAGCUGUGCCCAAGAAAGAUGCAACUCGGAACAUUUUUUUCAGUCUGAUAUUUCAAAUUUUAACAAGUGAAUGAGUAACUGUUUGAGACGUUUUCUGUUCAGAAAUUCAUACAAUUCUGGAAAACGGCACAGGUCUAAAUUUGAUAGCUUCUGAUAUUCUUGAUUGGGAAAUUUAAUUUAUCGCAAACAAUUGAUUUAUCCAAAAAAAAUCGUAUGAAACUUUAAGCAAUAAUUUAGAUUUUUUCUACCAAAGUUCUUUUUUUAUUCAGAUGCCACUUAUUUUUUCAUUUUCUGAAAAUUCUUUGAAUUUUACUUUUAGUUACAGUCGCUUCCUCUCGAGAUUUUUUGAGUUCCUCUUUUUAGUCUCACAAGUUUUUUUGGAAGUGACCAAUUCGUUUUUUGAAACAUUCAAAUCCCUUGGCGAGUCAAUCGACUAUCAAUAACUCUUUUCUCUUCCUUUUUCUAAACUUAUUUUUCCUUUUUUUUGUGAGUCGCCGCGGAAUGAAAAAGUCAUGAGAAACAAAAAAAAGAAAGAAAGGGAAGAAAUAUGAAUCUGUGCCCUUAUAUAAUGAACACCGAGCACUUGAGUUGAAUAUGAAUAUUCACCCAAAUAUCCAAGAAUCAAUUAAAAACCCCAACAUGAGGUCUUUCUAUUUUCCCAAGUACAUAUGUUGUUUUUCCCUCUUCUAUUUUCUUCUUGAUUUUCAUUUUUGGUGACAAAUUGAUGCGCACCCAAACCACUUCACCACACAAUGAAAAAAAGAAGAAAAAGAAGGAAAGAGCAGCAAAACCACGCCUAUUUUUAUGCUCUCAAAAAGUAAGAAGAAGUAUACUAUAAUUGGGAGACUCCGCCCAUCUCAUUCAUCUGAAAUAAACCAAAAAUAGUUUUUUUGCGCCUCCAAUCUCCGAAAAAAUGAGGAGAAAAUAUAUUAUGAACUUCUUAAUUUUAUUGUUUUUAAUUUCUAAUGUUUAUGGAUUGUAAGUUUUUCCGGGAAAUCUAGGAAGGGGUUAUUUUUGGAGUUUUCGAAAAAUAUAAUUUCUCGAUUUCACUGGAAACUUCUGAAUCGGACCAUCAAAAUCCUGUUUGUUCAUUGAAAUUCAGUACAUCUUAGGUUUUGAUAAUAAAUUGGGAAAUCUGAACUCAGUUUAUUUUAUUUAAAAAAUUCCCCUUUUCUAAAAAUUUUUGUCCGAAAACUCUCGGAUUAUUUAAAAAAUUUUUUAGCAUUACCUUGAAAAUUUUUGAAACAAAUUCUGAAGCACAACUCUCUCUUUUUUCAAUAGUCCGUUUUUGUUCUUAUCGCAUUCCUUUUAUCAACCAAAGUAGCCAAAAAACAAAUAAAAGUCGCAAGGUCCCAAAGGAAUCUAGUAGCACAAAAAAGUUAUAUAAUUUUUGUUAUCUCUUCAUAAUAUGCAUAACAAACAAAGAAAAUAAAACAGAAUGCUAAAUAAUUUGAGAACACUUUUUUGUUUCGCAUAUUUUUCAUAAUGACCGGAACUACAAAUAGCCGUCGAUUUUCUUCUUUUUUUGAAAAAUAAAUGAAGAACCAAUUUCUUAGAAGUUCGCGGAGCAAAUUAACAAAUCUAAUCAAAGUUCAUUCAUUUACAUAAUUAGAUAUUGUCCGAAUUUCGGAGAUUUUAUUCAAUAAAAUCGCAACCGCUUAAUUUUUCAUUUGAAUGUAAAAGUAGAAUCUCAGAUUUUGAAAAUUGUACAUUUUCUUUUCAAUCCAUCCAUCUAUUUUUUAGUACACAUAGAUUAACCUCAAUGUCAAGUCAUUGUUUUCUUGAGUUUCUUGCAAUAAAACUACGAAAAAAGAAGGAGCAAAAAGAAGAACAAUCCAUACAUACACUCAUUUGUCAUUUUUUCGAAAAAGAAGCGCGGAUUACGCGAAAAAAGAAAAUAUUUUCGCCUUUUUUGUUGGCAAAAAAAAAGAUGAAGAACAAAAAGAUGAAACAACACUUGAACUAUAUAAAAAAAUAUGAAAAGGUCCCAAAAUAAGUAUUUAUUGUUUAUAGCAUUGAUUGGAAUGAUCGACCAUUUUUGGAUGGAAAUACACUUGGAACAAAUGACAAUAAUGACUGGAAAACACCAAAGUUAGUUUUGAUCCAAAAAAUUGGGAACUUUUUUGGAAUCAGCUGGAAAUUGAUAAAAAAAUUUUAGUAGCAAUGAGAAACUUGGCUGAAAAUCAUAAUUUCAGAAUAGUUUUGUAAACCAAGUUAUUGACCUCCAAAGUUCAAAAAACCAUCUGCUUCCAAACAUUUUCAGAUUUUUAUCCAGAAUUCACGAGUUUACCAUUUUUUUUUAAAUUUGAAACAUCUCAAAAGCAUUUCAAAUUUUCAAAAUUAACUUCUCGUUACAAUACGGUAAUUUUAAUCAAGAUUCCAGCUUGUUCCGAAAUGCAUUCAAUUAUUUUCAAAACAUCACAGAAUACUAUUCUUUCAGAUUAGAGCCAGGUGAAUGGAGUAGUUGUUCAGCUACAUGUGGAACUGGUGUAAUGUCUCGUACACUUGAAUGUGUCGCUGUCGAUCCAAUCACAUCUCGAACCGAAAAAUUGCCGAUGUCUGAGUGUCAAGGUACCAAUUUUCCUUUUAGGAAUUUGCGGACGGGCCUCGCUAAAAAAUGACUGAGAAAAGAAAAGAAAUUGGUUUUAUUUUUGGUAGCAGAAAAAAAGUAGUAUUAGUUGAAGAAGGAAUUGAGAGAAACAAUAAUAGGGCAAGCAAGCGUAAAAUAAUUCGGAAUAAUUGAAGACUUCUUGUGAGAAAAAUCGCCGAAAAACGAACCAAAAGGAAAACGACAUUUAUUUUUGGAAUUUUGAUGGAAUAUUUUAGUUUGUUUGGAACUUUUUUGAAAAUUAUAUUGAAGAAAUGAUUAAAAAAUUCCAAAAAAAUUCAAAUUUUCGAACUUGAGAAGUUUUUCAGUUUAAAAAAUAUAGAUAAAAGCUUCACAGAAAAGAAAAUUUUAAAUUAAAAAAUAUAAUAAUAAUCAUGGUUCCGAAAAAGGACUUAUGUGAGAAACAUUUAGGCUCCUGGUUUUUGCAGAUCACAGAAUUUUGACUGAUGAAAUUACUUAUGUUUUUUUUUCCAAAAUUGUACCCACAAAGAGUUAGCUGAGGUAUAAAGGUCCCCAUUUUCAUUGAAUUCUCAAAGUGUUAGUUUUCUUUUCGUUCUCAAAAAACUGUAAAACAUUCAAGGUCGAAAUAAUGGAAAUGAUAAAACAAAUGAUGAAUCAGGUAAAAUAAUCAGUGAACAUCGUAAUUUCAUUGUGAAAAUAAAGUAAACCUAUUUCACAAUCAUCAAAAUUCUUCAUAUAUUUUUGAUUUAAUUUGCAGGACAAGAACAACCAAAAAUAUUCGAAUCAUGUGAAGUGAAAAGUUGUCCACUUCAAGAAGACGCAAAAUUAUUGGAAGAUGAAACACCAAAUCAAUGGAGAUAUGGAGAUUGGACACAAUGCAGUGCAUCUUGUCUCGGAGGAAAACAAAAAGCUGCUUUGAAAUGUGUUCAAGUAGCAACUGGAAAAUCAGUUCAAUGGUCACAAUGUGAUGCAAGAAGAAGACCACCAGAGAAAUCGCGAGCUUGUAAUCAACAUGCUUGUCCGCCAUUUUGGCUUUUGUCAAAGUUUUCGGAAUGUUCGGUUUCUUGUGGAGGAGGAAUUUCAAAAAGAAGUGUACAAUGUGCACAAACUGUUAGUAAAUCAGAAGGAGCUGAUUCUUAUAUUAUAUUAAGAGAUGAAAGAUGUCAUUUGAAAAAACCAAUCGAACAAGAACCAUGCAAUGUUUUGUCUUGUCCAGCAACUUGGGUUGUAAGUUUAUUUUUCAAUAAAAAAAUACAGUAAUCUGAGGUUUUUUAAACCUAUUCUCAAAUUAACUUCGAAAAAAUAGAAUAACUUAUGAAAAUUCCAAACGUGGGAUAUUUAAAAGGUUUUUUCUCAAAAAGAUUUUUUCCGAAUUUUGGAAUCCUAAUUUGGGAUAAAAGGGUGAUAUCAAAAAAUUGCAGACUGCACAAUGGACAGAAUGUUCAAAAUCGUGUGAUUCUGGAGAACGACGUCGUCAAGUUUGGUGUGAAGUUCGAGAUUCUCGUGGAAAAUCAAAUCGAAGACCUGAAAUUGAAUGUGAUAUGAAUCAAAAACCACAAACUGUUGAAACUUGUAGUUUUGGAUCAUGUUCGAGACCAGAAUUAUUAUCAAAUCGAGUUUUUGAGCAAAAUGUUGAGCAGAAAAAAUUGACACUUGGAAUUGGUGGAGUUGCGACACUUUAUCAAGGAACUAGUAUUAAAAUUAAAUGUCCCGCUAAAAAGUUUGAUAAGAAAAAGAUUUAUUGGAAAAAGAAUGGCAAAAAAAUACGAAAUGAUGGUUCGUUUUUUUUCUUAUUUUUUUUGUGUGAGAAAAAUUCUGAGAAUUGAUACAAAAAUGAUUUUCAGCUCAUAUCAAAGUUUCUGGAAAUGGGAAUUUGCGUUUAUUCCACGCAAGAAUGGAAGAUGCUGGAAUAUAUGAAUGUUUUACUGAUAAACUUCAAGGAAAUGUCACUUUGAACUUCAAAUAUCGUGAUUUCCCGGCUUCUUCUGUUGAAGAAUCAAUUUAUCGACAAAAUCCAGUUAAUCAAAAACAACAACAGCAAAAUGUUUCUUCAAAUAAAACAAUGAUUGAAUCAUUAUUAUCAGCUCCAAAUGAUGAAAUCGCAAGAGAAACUUUGAAGAAAUUUGGAAAUGAAAUUGUAACUCGAUGGGAAAUUGGAAAAUGGUCGGAAUGUGUUCAAAAAUAUUGUAAUCGGGGAGGAUUUCAAUCAAGAAAUAUUGGAUGUAAAGUUGAUUAUCAUGGAGAAUCGAGAAGUGUUGAUAAUGCUAUUUGUGAAGCACUUGCUGUUCAAAGACCAGCAAUUACAAGACCGUGUCAUAGAGAAGAUUGUCCGAGAUGGGAAGCUUCGAAAUGGUCAGAGGUAUGUCACAUUUUUAUGGUUGAUGGUUGUUUUGAUAUUCAAAAAUUAAAAAAAAACACUUCAAAAAAAGUAUUCCAGAUUUUUCAAAUAUCUGGCACAGAUACAGUUUUCCAAAAAAAAAACUCAUUAGAAAAAUUAAGAACACUCUACUUUUUUAAACUAAUCUCUUUUUUUGGAAAAAUUUUCGAAUUAUCUGAAGUUUGAAUCUGGAAAAAAAACUCAUCCAUUUUGUAUCUGUAUUUGGAAUUUUUUUCAAAAUUGUGUUUUUUCAGUGUUCAUCACAGCGAUGUGUUUCAAGUAUGUUGGCUCAAAAACGUCGAAACAUAACUUGCAAAUACAUCAAUGGAACUUCUGUCGAUAAUCAAUAUUGUGAUAUAAAUGAUCGACCAGCAAGUGUUAUGGAUUGCUCUAAUCGUAAGUUUUUGUCUUUGUUCUUGAAAGUUUACAGUAUUUUUUCACAGAAAAUUGCAAAGCUGAAUGGAAAACUUCUCAAUGGGGUUCAUGCAGUUCAGAAUGUGGAACUGGAGGUGUUCAACUUCGACUUCUUUCAUGUGUUUGGAUUUCAUCUGGUCGACCAGCUGGAAGAAAUUGUGAACAAAUGAGAAGACCACAUUCAGCAAGAGCAUGUGUUUCUGAUGAACCAUUACCACCUUGUAUGCCAACUCCAAGUGCUUUAUUAUACCAAAGAGGUUCGCUAUGUUUUUAUAUGUGUAAAAUAAGCUCGUUGGAAGAAACUUUUUAAAAACUACAGUAAUCUCAAUUCAGAAGAUAAAAAUGUUUGGCUUUUAUAUUUUCAGUAAAAUUAUACUGUACUUUUGGAUUAUUCUUCCAAGGGUUUUUUCGAGUUUCUUCACAAUUUAUUUGUUAUAAAAUUAAUUAUAGGGUUCCAGGUUGUACGAUUUGAGUAUGUCUAUUUUUAGAAAAAAAAUUUGCACGAUUUUUACAUAAAUCUCAGUAAUUCAUAGCCCUCUCUAUAGUUUUUCUCAAAAAAUUUCAAUAUUUUUUUCAGACGAUUCGUGCCAGGACCAAUCACGAUUCUGCGAUAUCAUCAAACUUUUCCACUCGUAAGUUUACUUUUUUAUUUUUUUAAUAUUUACAUUCGAUCACUUGACUGUCAAUUGGCAAUCUAAAAUAUAUUUACUUUUUGAGUUAAAUCAAAAAUAGAUCUCAUUCAAAGAUCAAACUUUUUCCAGGUGUGACUCUGUGGAAGUUCGUCAAAAAUGUUGUUCUACGUGUACAUAUAUUGAACGGAAAAAGAAGUUUUAA